ACCCAGGGACGGAGUGUGUUUUCUUCUCCGCUCACUUCUGUUGGGGUAAAGGAAUGCUGGACAUUCAGAGACAAGAGGAAGGCUGCCCAGAGCAUCGCCAAGCUGCCCCCCAGUCCCACGCCUUGGGCCUUCUCCUUUUGGAAUACACAGAUGUCAGAAACUGAGCUGGAAAAGAUAAAAGUAAGAACAGCUGAGCAUUUUGAAAAUGAUAAAAAUAACAUUUCUUGGUUGAAGGAAGAUACACAACUCACAAACGAAAAGCAUGCAGACGAGAAACCCAUUAAUGCUAUCGUUAUAAAUUCAGUAUCCGAAUUCAAUAUCACAGAUGGACCAGCCCAGGAAACCCCCAAUGAGAAAAAACUGUCAGAAUCCAGCACAUCACUGUCCUCCCUUGAAGAAUGCAAAACGAGAUUUUCCUACCUCCAAACUGAUACUUCAGUUCAUCAGAGAGACACCGAGGAUGAGUGUGCCUCCCUUAUCCUCACCUGCCUGUUCUGCCAGUUUUGGGAUUGUCUCCUGAUGCUCCCCGACACGUGCGAAACAGUGUGUAUCAACCUGUGCUGCCCCUCUCACAGAUACCACCACACUUCGGAUGAAAACCACUCUCGGAAUGAUUGCAGCUGCGCCUGUGACUUGGACUGCAGCCUUUUUGAAUCUUGCCAUGAGACUGGCGAGUGUCUGGAGCUGGCCAUGGAGAUUUCAGAAAUCUGUUAUCGCUAG